AUGUCACGGCUUGGGGGGAUGAUGAGGGCUACGCGUCCGAAAAAACUCACCCCCAAGCAGCCGAUACCGAUAUUUCGAGAGGACCAGAUUGAUCUUACCGAAGAUGAUCCGCAAACUACACUACAAUCUAUCGAAACGGGCGUGGAAAAGGCCGAAGAAACCGAAUUCCAUCUGCAAGCUGCGAUAAAUGCCACCGCGUUUGGGAAUACCGCGCAGACGCAUAUCCCGACGCCGGAAACUGUCCAAAGUUCGGUCCAGUAUGACACGCUCUACCAGCCUAUAUUUUCGCAACCCGCGACGUAUAUCCGGUUCUCGUCGACGGUUGAAGACUGUAGCGGGUGCGGGUAUAACCUUGUGGAACAAGAUGAUGUCGCCUUGAAGAUAAUGAACCAGAAGCGGGACGCAUCGACACAAUGCACGGAGGACCAAUUCGAAGAGGUGAUGAGCUUCUUCGAGGAGACAGCACAGGCGAAACAACCGUUUGCUUCUGUCGAUAACCCCCCUGUAGUAUCGUAUCCAGAGAUGGAGGAGUGCUUUGACGGUAUGAUACACGAAAAGCUAAGACCUUUCGUGAGAGAGAUCUAUGAGAGUUGGAAAUCGAGGAGGACAGCGUCCGGGAACCGGCCGCUACAGCCGACUCUAAAGUUUGAAACCGGGCAAGACACCGACGAUGGUGACCCAUAUGUUUGUUUCCGCCGUAGGGAGGUCCGACUGGCUCGAAAGACCCGAGGUCGAGACGCACAGAGUGCUGAGAAACUCAGGCGCCUUAGAAAAGAGCUAGAAGAUGCCCGACAGUUGAUAGCUAUGGUCCAGCAACGUGAACUUGGGCGAAAGGAAGCGUUGGCCACAGAAAGGCAGCUGUUCAUGCAACGCUCCGAGGUCAAGCAGAUGAAACGGAAACUUGGCAUCAAGGAUGAUGAUGAGGAUCUCAUCAACCAAAAGGUAAAGUCGAGUUCCGAUGCCAUAGAUCCCCGUUUCAUCAUCGCUGACCCUUAUGCACAGCCAAAGAAGAAGCCCACAGAGGUUCCCGUUAUCCAGCGACCAAGUGUUCCACAGCUGCGUGUGCCUUCACGCGCUGGUGGCCAGCUUGGCGAAGACCUGCAACUGCUUGAAGAUGUUCAGGCAGAUAAGGAGAAUGAUAUCCUGCGAGAAAUUAAGCAGAAUGUCGCAAAGCAUGCCAAAUGGAACGAGGGUUAUGUAGAUAUAACUCGGGCUCCACUUACUCCAACCACACCGCAAGGAUUCGAUGCUGAAUUCCGACCAGCAAUCACCCACGAGUACUUGCCUACACCUCCAACUUCAGAGAGCUCUGAACGCAUGCGGGACGUGCACGGCAUUCUACCGUUAGAGACCCAAUGGUCAGCACUCAGGCAGCAGAGCCCGUCGGAGGACGAUUCGAAUAGACCGACUCCAUCUUUCCGUCGGCGUGUGGGCCGUGGGGGUCGUGUUCUCAUUGAUCGCAGAAAUCUUGCCUUUCGUAAUAAGGACGGUAUCGAUCCGAUGAAAUUCGAUAGGUUCAAGUAUGAUCGCGAUGAUGAUGAAAUGGACAUCGUGUAUGAGAAGGACGAGUUUGAUAUCCAAAUCAUGCAGCAUCGCGCGUAUCUGUCGGCGAAGGCCAGGGACCAAGCCAUAAGUCAAGCUCAAUUGCAAGCUCAGGCGCAGUCCCACGGCCAACAACCCUUGAACGGCAGACGGUUGCAGGGUGCAUCUCCUGCUCCUGGCCACAAUAACGUUAAUCUCAACUCAUCAAAUAUAGCAACGCAGAAAAGUCCGCACACUGUGUCUUAA